AGAGUUCAAAUCAGUAAACAGCCAGGAGAACUGAAUGUGUGAACGGUUAUCUCAAUGGUCCGACCUAUUUUCCGUUGAUUCUCAGGUCUAGGCCGUCUAGAGCACACACGUUGCCCUUCUUUUUCUCUUGUUCAUACAAAACGAAAAGGAACCGUGGCGGAUAAACCAUUCAAGUUUAAAGUCCAGCACCGCACCUAACAAGAGCAUGUAACUUCUCUGUGCCGUUCUGUGAGCUUGAAAAUCCUUAGAGAAUGUCCAUAUUUCUUAGAUCACUUCCUGAGGACAUCUUGGAAGGUCUAUUUCAGUCUAGGCAGGUCAAGACGAUCGUACCUUUGAAAAUUCCAGCAUCGCCAGCAAUGUCAAGUACGCCUACUGGUAGUGCUUACUGCGUUCGAAGUCGAUCCCUCCUGGCGAUCUAGAGCGUCGAGUGCCUUUUUCUGAGUACUCGGGUCCUGCUGACCUGGCGCUCGGAUAGUGAGUUACAGGAACACGCAGUCAUGACAAGGGAAGAACUUGAAACACCUUCAGCGCAUCCAUUAUCCUGUGGAUAGUGUUCUACUCAUCAAGCUCCGAGUGAAACGAGCUAAUCCUAUGAUAUAGAAAGGAAAAACGCAAUGUACCAGACUGCAGACAUCUAAUUGACUGGCCAUGGACACUUGGCUCUAGUAUCAGUACCAGUUAUUCAAACUAUUCCCGACUAUCAAUGUAUCGCUGCAAUCUCGAUCUUCAUUAUCACAAGGACCCGAAGGUCCACUUCUCAUGUCAUGUCUGGCGGCGUUGGUGCGGUAGGUACAUCUGCCAGCAUUACACUGAUGGCUCGAGAACGCAGGUACAUGGCUUCCUUCCAUUACGGAUUUUUUUAGCUAUAUGGGCGGCCACGGCCCCUGGUCCAGUCUGGUUGAUCUCAUGCCUGUAAAGUCAAGCGCUUUGUUCUGCGUAUAAAUUCUACUCGGCAUUCACAAAGUAUUCAACUCACUGGAGUUAUACAUUUGCACUCGUGUUAUCUAAUAUGUUCCCCGGAAAUAAGGUCCAGCUCAUGUCGGCAACUUUCUUGUUGGCUCUUUUGUCAUCUCCUACGGUGGCAACUAUCGCAGGCCGCUCAAGCGGAGAGGCUACCUGUGAUGAUGCCGAAGUGGUGAGCAGCACCACCAUCUCGGUGAACGGCAAGGAAGUGGUCCAUACCACCUAUUCUUGCCCUUCCAUCGCUCGCCGAGCAACCAGGGACCUUCCGACCUAUGUCUGUGGUCAACUUUGUGAUUACGCAUGCAGUGCCCCUGCCUCGAAUCCGCUACCCCCAAUCAGCGAGGAUUGCGGCAUGAUUCAAGAUGCAAUUCUGCUGUAUGCAGGAAGCAUUGAUCCAACCUUCGUCGUUGAUGCUGGUGGCAUUGAACAAUUGACUUACGGCACAUGUAUUUUCUACUUUGGGAAUUUGAGUACGGAACCCAUUGAGUAUUGCUGGGACAACCUUUCUUCCACAGCAUCCUCAGGCGAGACAGCUUGUUUCCCUCCUAUUCAACCUGUCCAAUCUUUGGCAUUGUGUAUCCCGUCUUCCGGUGCUUGGGAGGUUGGAGAGUGGGGCACUCUUGAGCAUCUAGCAUCUCUGAACAGUAAACUAACAAGUCAACUCGGAAAAGGGUCUCCAAUUGGAAUUUCGUUGUAUAUCACUAGAAGCCAGUUGAUACAGUAUGUACCGACGAUGUCAAUGGUUGCAGCUCUUGUG